AAGCUGCAAUGACGCGCGUAGACACGCCACCCCAAACAAUUUCAGUUAAACCGAAAAGUGCAAACCUGUGCCGGUUCUUAUCAAUAAUAACUCUUACAGCGUUCGCAGUUACUUCUUACUUUAUUUACAAAAAGCCACUCGACUCACUCGGUGAUCCAUCCGAUCAGUUCGUAAUUCAGAAUAUUCCUAAAACUUAUUCGAAGUUAGAAACUGUUGAUCCUGAGGAACGUGAUGUUUUCGAAGGAUUUCGCACGUCGUUUCUGCCUCCAGAUGACGGUUUUCUGGCAAGGCGUUACGCCGACAGCAACACUGAGACUUAUUAUAAUGUAGCAAACGGAGUUCAAUCAGGAAAUAGUAAAAGUAUCCCACCCAAAAGGAUUAAACGCCAAUUCAAAUUUACUUCGGAAGAAGACGAAGAAUACCUUUCCGAUCAAACCAAAGAGGACGAAGAUGACAGUGAAACAGAAGAAAGUAACGAAAAAGAUCCAAACGACCAAUACGACGACGAUGGAAAACUGCAAAGUGUAGUGCAUCCUGAACUAUACGUUGACCGUGGCCCCUUGGACGAUGUGGAGCAAGUUCGUAGGCAGCCCGAGUUGGAGGAAGGUGAAAUGAGUUCAGCAGCACGUGUAUACAAGCCUGUCCGUUCAUAUGCAGGUAUUCAUGCAUUUUGGAAAGGUCAAGGUGACCGCGACACAAUAAGGAGAACUCAAGCAAAAAUAAUGACGCAAUACAUGGAUGCUGAAGCCGAUCCCUGUCAUGAUUUUUAUCAAUAUGCCUGCGGUAACUGGCCUGCUCUUAAUCCUAUACCAGCUGAUAAAGCCGGUUAUGAUACGUUUGAAAUGCUCAGAGAAAACCUAGACGCAGUUCUUAAAGAUCUACUUGAAUUUAAAAGUUCUGAUAACGUCGAAUCCCUUUAUCCGGGCCCACAUUUAGAUCUCGAAGAAAGUUUUCUAAAAGUAUUAAAUCCUUCAGAAUGUCCUAGUGAAAAUGCAAAUAGUAUGCGCAUAGAUAUAAUUUUAACUAAACCUGAUGACGUUUCGGAUACCACAAACGAACAAGGUCAUUAUGAAAUAAAUGAUAAAAGAAAUAAAUCAGAAAUUAUAAAUCGCAUUAGAAGAUAUUUAAACAAGAUAUCGACCGUUGAUAAAUCUCUACCUAGAAUCAAAUAUAACAUUCACGAAUAUUACUUUAAUAAUAAGAAAAAAGGAAAGAGUCGUUCAAAGAGAGAAUACAGAAAAGCGGAUCAUGUAAACAGAAUUAACAGAAUAAAAAGAAAAAAGCUUUACGAACGAGGAAUCAUGCAACAAGAGCGAUUACUAACAAAGAAGCGAGUUAAAAGACGGCAAGGCAUUGAUGACGUCAUAUCUCACAUAAAACGAAUGCCACAGAAAAAUAACAUGAUCGAUCCAGCCCAUGGUGAUGCUACAUCAAAAGCAAGAUAUUUGUUCAAGUCAUGCAUGAAUCAUGAAAUAUUACGACAGAGGGCACAACAACCACUUCUAGAUUUAUUAGAUCUUUUUGGUGGUUGGCCGAUUCUAAAACCUGACUGGACUCCUGGUGCUUUUGAUUGGCUGGAACUUAUGGCUAAAUUGCGAUUGUUCAAUAAUGACAUAUUAAUAUCUGAGUGGGUUGGACCAGACAUUAAGAAUUCGGAUGAAUAUGUCAUCCAAUUUGAUCAAACUAGUUUAGGGUUGCCCACUCGCGAUUAUUUUCUGCAAGGAUCAAACAGAGUUUAUUUGGAAGCGUACAAAACAUAUUUGAUAAAAAUUGCAACUUUACUUGGAGGAAAACCUGGAUACGUGAAAGCUAGUGCAGACAAGCUUAUCGAUUUUGAAAUUAAAUUAGCUAAAAUAACCUCAGCACCGGAAGACAGACGAAAUGUGUCCGAACUUUACAGGAGAAUGACUCUAGCAAAAUUGGAAACUUUAGUUCCCGAAGUCGACUGGAAGAGAUAUUUGUGUAUCGUAAUGAAUAGGACUGUGCAUUCUGAGGAAACUGUUGUUCUUUUUGCACUUAAUUAUGUUCGGCACUUGGUCCAAUUGAUAGAGAAGACGGAUCCGAACACUUUAGCGAAUUAUCUGCUGUGGCGUUUCGUGAGGCACAGAGUUAACAAUCUGGACGACCGCUUUCAGUCCGCUAAGCAACAAUUCUACUUCAUACUAUUCGGCCGGGAGCAAUCUCCGCCUCGAUGGAAAAAUUGCAUUUCCCAAGUGAACUCGAACAUGGGAAUGGCUCUCGGCUCCAUGUUCGUUAGAAAGUACUUCGACGAAAUGAGCAAAAACGACACGCUCACUAUGACGAGGGAAAUCCAGCAAUCAUUCAGAGAUUUACUGCACAUGACGAAUUGGAUAGAUGACGAGACGAAAAAACUGGCGGCCCACAAGGUUGACUCGAUGAUGCUGCGAAUAGGGUAUCCGGAUUUUAUCCUCGAUAAACUGGAGCUGGAUGAGAGGUAUAAGGAAGUGAGGAUACACCCGGACAAAUACUUCGAGAACAUUCUGAAUAUAUUGCAGCAUUUGACGAAAAUGGAACAGUCACGUAUAGGCCAACCGGUGAACAAAACUUUAUGGAACACCGCGCCCGCGGUAGUGAACGCUUACUACAGCCGCAACAAGAACCAGAUAAUGUUCCCGGCCGGGAUCCUGCAGCCGCCGUUCUACCACCGCCACUUCCCGAGAUCGUUAAAUUUUGGCGGCAUCGGCGUUGUUAUUGGUCAUGAGAUAACCCACGGUUUCGACGACAAAGGGCGUCUUUUCGAUUGCGAAGGCAAUUUACAUAGAUGGUGGUCCGACUCAGCGAUAGAGGCGUUUCACCGACGGGCGCAAUGUUUGAUCGAUCAGUAUGGACACUAUGUUGUGCCGGAAGUGAAUAUGAAAUUGGAUGGAGUCAAUACUCAGGGUGAGAACAUAGCAGACAACGGUGGUGUGAAACAAGCCUUCCACGCGUACCAACACUGGCUGAAACUCCACGACGCUAGCGAUGAAACGCUACCCGGCCUCAAUCACACGCACACGCAGUUAUUCUUCCUUAAUUUUGCUCAGGUAUGGUGCGGUGCAAUGCGUCCUGAAGCAAUGCGAAACAAACUAAAGACGGCCGUCCACUCUCCGGGACGGUUCCGAGUUAUCGGCACUCUAUCUAAUUCUAAGGAUUUUGCGAGGGAAUUCAAUUGCCCACCAGGCUCUCCUAUGAAUCCUGUACAGAAAUGUAGCGUUUGGUAAAAAUAUGUAUUUAUCACUUAGCAUUACUAUCUACUAUAUACAUUAUUUAUCACUUAGAAUUAACUACAAUCAUAUCAUAACUAUGUAAAAUCUGUUUCUAUUAAAAGCAACUUUAUCCAUGAAAAGCUGGUGUUAUGGUUUCAUCUUUUUAUUACUCUUCGGGCGUAGCCAGAGUGUGGUUUUAGGAGUUCAAAUAGGUUAAGAUAUUUAAAUUAUAAUUUAAUGUGUCCGACCUCCUAACCUAUAUACUAUACAACUACUCGAUAGAGGAAUCCCAAAAUUCCUUGCAGGAACUUUUUCCUAUGUAAUUUUAUACGCAUUUAUUCGGAUAAAUAUAUGGAAAUUCUUACUACGUCCGUACUCUUUACAGAAACUCUCAUUAUACAACUUAUAGAACGAUGUUAUCCUAUUAAAUAUAUAAAAAAAAACUAUUUUAUCGUACAAGCGAGAUCCGUCCACAUCCUCUUUGUUAAAAUUACCCUCAUUUUUGUUAAAAUUUUAUAGUACCUGGUUUAUUAAUAUAUCUCCCUUUACAGUACCUGAUUUAUUAAUAUUAUUAUUUGUAUAUAACUCUUUUAUAUUGUUGGGAUAAUUAUAAUCGUGCAUUUGGUAAUUGUGCUUUAAUUGUAUAUUAACAUUAAGUUUGUAUUGUUAGUUAUUAUCGGUU